AUGUCAGGCAGAGACAGACUACCGAUUUUCCCCUCUCGGGGGGCCCAAAUGUUGAUGAAGUUUCGCUUACAAGGAGCACAAAAGGGACAUGGAUUGUUGAAGAAAAAGGCAGACGCACUGCAAAUGCGCUUCAGAAUGAUACUAGGGAAAAUCAUAGAAACCAAAACUCUGAUGGGUGAAGUGAUGAAGGAGGCAGCCUUCUCGUUGGCAGAAGCAAAAUUUGCUACGGGAGAUUUCAAUCAGGUGGUUCUGCAAAAUGUGACGAAAGCACAGAUCAAGAUCCGUUCUAAGAAAGACAACGUUGCCGGUGUGAACCUACCGAUAUUCGAGUCCUAUCAGGAUGGAACGGACACUUAUGAAUUAGCAGGUCUGGCCAGAGGCGGUCAACAAUUGUCCAAACUGAAGAAGAACUAUCAGCGGGCAGUGAAAUUGCUCGUAGAACUGGCGUCGCUGCAAACGAGUUUUGUUACUCUCGACGAAGUUAUCAAGAUCACGAAUCGACGUGUCAAUGCUAUCGAGCACGUUAUCAUCCCACGAAUUGAGAGGACGCUAGCCUAUAUUAUUUCAGAGCUUGAUGAGCUCGAAAGAGAGGAGUUUUAUCGGCUGAAGAAGAUUCAGGAUAAAAAGAAGAUUGCCAAGGCAAAGGCUGAAAUAGAAAGAGCAGAAAUGAUUGCAACUGGACAAUAUUCUGACGCUGCAAAUCUGCUUGAUGAGAGCGAUGAUGAUGUGCUGUUUUAAAUACUGUAAAUAUUACAUUAUAAAUUAAGAUGUUAAUAUCUAAAUAGAAAGAACAUCCAUAAAUUACAUCGGAACCACGACAGUCUCGUUUGUACAUUUUAGAGAAUGUCGUUGGUAGUCCCUUUUCCGCUUUAAAAAAGCCAUUGUUAAUAUUGUUUAUUUCUCGAAAGAUACAUUUUUAUAGUAUUUGUUGGGCAGCAAUUUGUAUAAAUUAGUAAUUAUGUAUCAUGCAUGUAAUUAUGUAAUAUGCAUACAAUAUCAACGCAAUUACUUCUUACAGUUAAAAGUAUUCUGAGUAUUUUAAUUUUAAAAUAACGAACAGAGUUUAUUAUUUUAAUUCCAUAUAUCGCAAAUCAUUCCAUCAUCAUUCGUAUCAUUUCUGGCUUUUAUGAUGCGAGGAAUUGUACAAUCCGAUAAAUAAAUAUAUGUAUAUGUAUA